AUGCAGAAGAAGCUGGCUGAGGAGGAAGCCAAUACCGAACUGAGAAUGAAGGAGAAAUUUGAGUCAACUCUCAGAGAGGUGGAAGAACACAAGGAGAUGCUCCGGAAAAAAGUGGCUGAAAUGGAGGAGCGCAAGGAGGAGUUUAAAGACUACCUCAAGAUCAAAGAUGCUCAGGAACAUCGGGUAGUGAAGAAAGCGCGGCAUGACCGGCAGCUGACCAAUCAGAAGCAGGAGCACCUGUGUGACCUCCGAGAAGAAAUUAAGGAUCUCAUCAAAGAGAGAGACCGGCUGGCUAAACGAGUACAGAAUUAUACUGCCUACCAUCUUUGCAUGGAAAAAGUGGUGCAUGCCACCAAGAUGGAGGCACGGCAGCUGAUGUCCCGCUUUGACACUCUAAUAGUGGCCCGGGACAACCUGCGGGUAACCACCCAACAGAACCAAGACCGGAUCCGGACCGCCCGGGCCCACCUGACCCGUUUCACAGAGGAGAGCAGUGACGCUCUGAUGAAGCUCAAUAGCACAGCGGCACAGCUGCAAAGGCAACUGGACGAAGCCAAUCAGAAUCGAGUGCACUGGGAGAACACAUGGGCCCGCAUCCAGAAGACGGCAGCAGAGAAAACCAUGCUGUUUGGACAAAUAAGGAUGGCUACCCUGAACUUGUACCGAAACGUGACCAAGAAUUCAAAGUUUUCCAAGGAAUCACCCGUGCACCUAGAGGACACCAUCGGACAGCUGGAGAGGGUACUGCUGCAGGAAGACAGCAACUGA